GCGAGACAUCAAAAUAGGGAAAGCCUCUGGAGCGUAGCUCUUUGUGAACGCUUGAGGGUGUGGGCAGGUGUCGGAUGCACGCUCUACUGCCGGGGUUGAUAUGGGAGCAUGGGCAUGGUUUGCGUCGACUUGUGACGGUGGCAGCAAGGUUCACCAGUAAUGCGCUGUUUGUAGUUUAGGACGUCUAGAUCGGCCCUGCUGAACAUGCGGACUGUGGGAUGGCGGCACCGACUGCUUUGGCAUUGCAGGCAGCGUCCAGCAACGCGCAGCUAACGCGCACUUUGGAGCGGCUUCUGGAGGAGGCCCAACACACUGGAGAUCUCAAGUUGAACGGCCGCAAGUUGAAAGAACUACCCACUUAUGCGGCUAAAUACGACCUUCGGGACAUAGUGCACGCAGACUUGUCCAAAAACCGCCUGAGUGAGCUUCCCACCGAGCUGUGUGGCCUGGUGCUGCUUGAGCGUCUGGACUGCCACAGCAAUGUGCUGCGAGUUGUGCCAGCCUGCGUGUCUGCACUCCAAGCCCUGUCUUACCUUGACCUCAGCCGGAACCAGCUGAGUGUGCUUCCAGUAGCAGUGUGCCACCUGCCCCUGGCUGUCUUGCUGGUGUCCAACAACCGGCUAUCCAAACUACCUGAGGAGAUGGGCAAGAUGCGCUCCCUCAUGGACCUGGAUGUAAGCUGUAAUGAGCUGUCACAGCUACCUCCAGGCAUUGGGGAGCUUCAGGCUCUGCGGUCGCUACGUGUGCGCCGCAACCAGCUGUCGGAGCUGCCAGCCGAGCUGUGCCGGCUGCGCCUGUGGCGUUUGGACGUGUCUGAGAACCAGCUUGCCCGACUGCCUCCCUUGCUGCGCCUCAUGAGCUCCCUGCGUCACCUGCUGGUCGACGGGAACCCACUCGUGUCGCCACCUGCCUUUCUUUGCAGGCGAGGUCAGGUCCACGUCUUCAAAUACCUCGAGCUGGAAGCCGUAAAGGAAGACCGGAGGCGAGGACACCUUAUGGAUGCUGAUGGGAGCCUUCCUCGGCGGGGGGGAAGCCGCACACCGGUGGAUCAACGUGCGUCUAGCAAUGGUCAUGGGACAGAGCCUGUUGCUGGCAAACGACCAACCACUAUUGAUUCCGGUUACUGCAGCACAUCAGAUCCCACUGACAGUCGUUGGUCCUUUGAGGUGCAGGUCCCGGAGGACCCACUGCUACUCCGUCAAGAACAGCAGCACGAGCGCCUUUCAGACUUGACGCUGUCAUCUGCAGCUGGGGGCACCAUGACACCCAGCACCCUCAGCCCCUGCUCUGAGACGGGGCCUGAACCAAGCCCGCGAGCGUUUUUUGAUGACUCUUCAGACACGGACGCCUCUGAGCAAAGUGAAAGUGCUGCAUCUAUGCUGCUAGAGUUUCAGUCAAAUGGACCAGCUCUUGAAGUGCUCGUCAACCAUGCAGUUGAGAUGCACAACGGUGAUCAUAACAAUGCCUGUGAGCCAGUGCUGUCUCCAGCCAGGUUUUGCAAGGAAGCUUCUGCUCCAGCUCGGCGCUUUCACCAGCAGACUUACCGGGAGUUCAAGGAAGCCCUGCGGCUGCAGCGUAUGGGCCUCACUCCAGCCACUAAUCAUGCGGCGCUUCCUGCACAUCAGCAGCAGCCACUCAGCAGAAUUGGCCCGGAGGAAGAGUUCAAGGCUCGGCACGAGGCCAUUGUGCACCAGCAGCGACUGGAAGCUGCCUGGGCUCAGCAACGAUUGCAGCAGCCACCCUCUCCCCCUAGCCUGCCGUCAUCACCCUUGCUGGCAACCAGUGAUGGCGGGAUGAAAACACCACCCCGGCCAAAGAGCCGUGCGAGCACUCCCCAAGGGGGUGACUUCACCAUCCGCCGAGGCCUGGAGAGGGCACGGGAGGAGCAUGAACUCAUUGAGCAGCUCCGAUGGGUGAUUGAGAGCCGGCUGAAGGUCCAGUUGCCAGCAGAAAUUGGCCCAUCACUUGUGGACGGAGUGGUUCUGUGCCAUCUUGCCAACCAAGUGCAGCCACGAUCAGUCGCCUCCAUUCACGUGCCCUCGGCCGCCAUGCCCAAGUUGACCCUUGCCAAAUGCCGACGCAAUGUGGAGAACUUUCUCAAUGCUUGCCGCCAACUAGGAGUGUCUGAGGGGGACCUGUUUGCUUGGGAAGACUUGGUGCUUCGUGUAGACAUGGGUCGUGUGGCCGUCAGUGUGGUGGCACUGGUGCCUGGCCACUGGCAGCGGCCACUGCAGGCCACCAAUGGCGCCGACCGUUCUCUGGCAUGUCUGCUCUUGGCCACAUUGGCGGGAACCUGCCUGCUGCUGCUACGGGGAUGGCCACAGGACCAGGGGACCUUCUUUGACCUAUGGCUUCCCGCGGGCCUCUGCUGCAGCCUUUACCUUCACAGCUGUUUUUCUCGGGGGCCGUGACCGUGCCAACCAAGUGCUAAGUCUUCUUCAGCCACAGAUGUUUCUAGAUUUCUCGCUUCCCGAUUUCCAGAAAAAAAAAAAUGUAUAGCCUGUAGUCUUUUCUGAUCUGCCAGUGGGCAUUAUACAUUGUACAGCAAUUUCAACUUGGUUUUUAUUAAUUGUAGAUUGGAGAGCUAAAUGCCUAAUGCCUUCUAACAUCAGUGCUUACUGCCUUCUUUUUGUGCAUUCCUUGUCAAUUUUGGUCCUUCAGAACUGCGGCCAUCUUGCAGAGUUUGACAUUUGUUUCCGGUUUUCCUUCUAAAUUUUCAAAUAAGGAUACGUAUUGUUUGGAUUAGCAAAUAACAUUGGCCAGUAUAAAGAAUGAGUAAUUUUCAAUUGUGUUACAGGCAAUAUCUAUUAUUCAUGUACAGCAUCACUUUUGUUUUUGGCUAAAGGAGGCAGCUCUUGUAUAGACCUGUCACUCUGUCCUUUUCGCGUGCUGUCUAGCGUAUUCUUUUGUAUCAUAUCAUCAUCCGUCUAUUCCUUGUGUUGUCAUUGCAGUAUGUUUAGGCUUGUUGUCAUCAGUAGCACGUCUUUCUGAAAGCCCCACUCUGCUCUAGCUUUCACCCUUGUGCCGACUUCACUGAACUCUGUCUGUAAAUACAAUGUGAUGACUAUAUUUUUACAUAAGCCUGUUAAUGUUUUCUUUUAGAGUUUACAUAAUUGAGCAAGCAGAAUUGCAUCAAACAAAGCUGCUGUGUGCAUAUUUUCAAGCAGUAGGUACUUAUUUAUGCUUUGUUGACAUUUUUUUAUACUAAUUGAAAGAGCUCCUUCAAGAAUAGCAUGGUAAAAGAUGAAUGACAGUUGGUUUUGAUAAAAUGUUUCUAUACUUGCAGCAUCGCUACUCACUGCACCUGAUUGAAUAGAUACUAAACAAACUUUUUGCUGUCGAGUUUUAAAGGCCAUAUAAAAGCUUGGGUGCUGUGAUUGUUUGACACCACCUUGUUUAGAGGCACAGUGGAGGAAGUUGCUGUGUUUUUCUUAAACUUCCACAUCUAGCAGUCACCUCGUGAACACUAGGGGAUCAUAUUUAACUGGUGCACCCGUCGUUCUCUCUUUCAUAAGUGUGUACCGAUUGGCAUCGCCAGGGGUGGUGGGUCCUUUGUGGAAGAGGUAUGUAAAGGAGAGGCAAAGAAAGCAUGUGCACCCUAUGCCGGCUUCACAGCCAUUCAUGCACAGCUACACGCACGCUCACAGUCCUCCAGAAAUAUAGCCAGCUGUUUAAAAUAUGUGAAUGAAACACAGUUUAUUGAAACAGUCGCACCUUCUAAAUCAGAACUUCGACACUUCCGUAAUUUUUUCAUAGUUCUUGUUCACCGCCCCUUGAAUAACAUGCCCAACUGUUCUUUUUCUAAAAUUAGGUAUCCUAGUGUAUUCUUUUAUUUUGACAAUGCUAGUACAGAUCUCAAGAUCAGGGGUGCAACAGCAGCAUUAAUUGUGCCAAUUUGGUACGAUUCCCUAUUGUUGCGCCGAGCUGUGCCAUGAAAUAUGCUGAAAUUUCGCCACGCUGCACGAAAAUGUCCAACGUGCCUCAAAAUUAUCUCAGGUGCGUUAAUUUCAGCGAGAAAUCAAACCAAGCACGCAGAUGCUAACCCUAAACCUCGGUGUAAGUUAUAUACUCGUUAGGCAAGAACACUCGUAAGGCGUGAUCGACCAGAUAAAGUAUAAGUGAAGUAACAGUGCCUCACGCCCAUCAGUCCGCUGAUCACAGCGAAUACAGCUUCAAGCAAAAAAAGAAGAACUUCAAGCGAAAAAAAAGCGUUGUCGCAGCCACCAACACUUCACGGAAAAUAUGAAUUUCCUAGUCAGCAAACGCGGUAUAGCAGGUUAGGAACUUAUGCCGCGCUUUCCACACGUGAACAAGGUCGAAAUGCAGCUAACGCCGUCUUUGCCCUCCACCACGUUGGUCGCCAUAGCAAUGGCACAUAAGACAUUUUUCUGGCUUAAAGUCGCAUUGUCCUGGCGACACAUAUGGUGCCUUCGCUAGACCGACGGGCGCGUGCCGUUGUUACUUAAUCCGGUCGAACGUGCCUUGCAAGCUAGCCCAAUAACAGCUUUCGUUGAAAUAGAUAGAUAUGCAGGUACACACUCGAAGUGGCUAGAGUACACUGAGAAAUGGUUCGCAUUUAAUAUUUAAUUGAUAUAUGACACGCACUUCAAUUCCUUUUUUAAACGUAACCCCGCCGUAAAAAGUGCAGUGGUUCAAAAAUUGCUUAGCCUUGUUCAAAGCUGCCCAAAAUGGUGCUUAAGCCACCUUCGUUGCAGUACAUCGGUGUCCUGCGGAAAAGUGUAAUAUGAUUUGGAAGGGGCUGUUAGUGAUAGUCACCGGAGACCAGGCGCGUAGCCAGAAAUUUUUUUCACACCGCCUUAAUUUCAGAAGAAGCACUCCCGUAAAAUGGCCAUUUUUCGCUCUUUAUGCCAUGGUGUGCCCAGUAUGGCACCCUCUGGCUACGCCCCUGCCGACAACACCUUUUGUUCAAUUACUCAUGCGUGUAUGCACAGCAUAAUUGAGUAAUACUAUGAUCACUGUGUCUAAAAAAGUUACUGGCAACCUUUUGGAGCAGCGAAUGUGAUUUCUGUCACCCUUGAAUAAAGAAAUUGCCCGUCUGUCUUCAUUUUUUGCCACACCUACUCCUUGGUUUUACGAAUGUCCCAAAUUUUAAGCUUGCCAGCUUGGCAGAGCUCCAAUUGAAUUCGCAGAGACUUUCAAUUGUUUCAAUAGGUGCAGCAAAUGCUAAUGUGGACUCCAUCAUUGUUUGAUCAGUGGGGUGAUUCAGAAUACUACUUUCAUUGAUAUAGCAGGGCUUGUUCACUCUGCACAAUUUAGGUGGGACGAAUGUCUUGUGCAUACAUUUUUUUUCUGAAUGUAAGCCCUUUUUUUAUGACGCUACAAGUUUGGUCCUUAGUGAUCAAAUUUUUGUUGUCCCGCAACCUGCUCCAAAUUUUGAUUUUAGUGCUCCAAGAGGAAUAUUUUGCUGCUCCAAAAAUGGCUCCAAAUUCAAUUUCGGCUGUUGCACCCAUGCAAGAUGAGCCGCUGGUUUGCUGUUUGUGAGCAAUGAAACAUAUGUAGUUAACAGACUCGUAAUUUUAACAGACUCGCAAUUGGUCAGUUCAACAGUUAGCCUUGGCAGCAGUGCUUUGAUGACAGCGAUGUUGUGGUACUCUAGUAAGUGUACAUUUCUCUGAACAUUGUGGCAGUUUUAUAACUAAAGGUUGCUCAACUAUACUCUGGAAAAAUUUCUUGCAAUGAUGAACUGCAUAUUUCUCUUCAAAUAUAAAUGCUCAAAUUCAAUGACUGCUCAACUUAUUUGAAUUACUGGCACUUGUAAGCAGUAUCUACAAUUAAAGAUUUGUAUUUACACUGAUAAGGAAAGGAAAUGUGAUAAUCAAAUUCACAAUCCUCUACCUCUUUGUCUAAAACAGCUAUAGAGUUAGUUUAUUUUUCAUCUAUUGAAAUCGUGAGAUAGCCUAAAAUGCAAACAGAGGUCCUUGAAAUCCCUUGCAGGCUUUUUAUAAUGAAAAUUCCAAUGCUCUUGGUGAGUCUAGAAUUAUUUCUCUUGUGAAUGCCGAGAUUUAUUUAGCAAUACUUGACAGAAUGGGGUGCAAUAUCUGACUGGCUUUUCUCAUUUUGGGUAGGGAGAAGACCACAAAGUCCUUUAAACAUCAAACUGCCUUUAUUUCAGUUUGCAUGCUUCACUGCAUUACAUGGCUGUGUUGCAGUUAAGGAGUUUUAUGAAUCUGUAGCCUAGGGCAAUGAAAUUUUUUGCCUUUGAUAUAGGAUGUUAUGCUGAUCUCAAAUACGUAAUUAAUUUUGUAAUAAGUUGCACAGCUUUUGUUUUGUGCCACAAGAAUGUGCAAAAUAUUGUUAGUUUUUAACAAAGUUUUUAUGCUACUAAACUUAUAUCGUUCUCGGCCAUCAAUGGCUCAUAUUGCGAGCUCGUCAUUAAUUGUAGAAUGCAAAUAACUAUCAAGAAAGUGCACAUAGGACGGACAAGCAAAAUUGUAGUGUGAGGAUUCUUAGAAUCCUCAGCCUAUACUAAUUGGUUGAUUUAGGCUCGUAAUAAUUAUACAGGCAAUGUCAAGUUUUAAAGGAGAUACUUGCACCCUCACAUCUGGGCAAAAUUCUACUAAUAUUCUACUGAUAAUCUACGAAUACAAAAUUUUACUAAUAACUGGGCAAAAUACUACUUGAUCUGGCUAUGAUGUCUUAAAAUCAAGAAGUUACCUGAAAAUAUAUUUUGAGGAGAACACAUUUUAAAAGUGUAAGUCAAAGCUUGCCUAUGUGGCAAAUAUAUGCUUUUUCAAAAUGGUUUCUUUCAUCAUGAGAGCUUGGCGAUCAUUGUUAUUUUGACAUGUGGCUUUAGUGAACUACUCAUGCGAAAUGCAAGGGCAAGCAGCCAGGUGACAAUUUCCAGGGGACUCUAGAGCUUCCUUUAGUUUUGGUAGCCCCCUUGUGCUCUUUAAAAGCGAUUUGAACCUACUUCGAGUUUGAUUACAAUCGCUAGUCUUUUUUGUUGUGAAAGUAUAGAAACCUUACUUGUGAGAGCAAAUAAAAAUAAAAAAAUUCUAGAUAAAACUUUCAUCUGCCCUUCAGGGGGCUAGCACAAAUUUGUCAUUAUGAAGUGCAAGUGAGGCCCUUGCUUGAUAUUUUGAUACAUACAACUUGCUGUUCUGCCUCCGCAGCAUAAAUUUCGCUUCAGAUUCAGUGCCUUUUUUGACACCAUAUGCAAGAACAUUACCGUUCUGUCAGCAUGAAUGUUUCUAAUGACAUAAUACGCGCUUGCAUCACUGUUUGAAGAAAUACAGUUGCGGUGUUGAUAUCAAAAAUGGGUAAUGAUCUUUUACACUCACCCUUAGCACGGGGUUAUUUUUUUCGCGUAUAGAUUUUAUGAGGGCUUUUACAACUGUUCCGUGAAGACACUACUUUCAUAUACUUGCGUUUGAUGUAUCUGCGUUUGCGGUCAUGAAGAAGCCAGUUUCUUUUCUGUGUUCUCACUACUUCUCUCCAGCAUCAUCCUAUUAUUUAUUUUACUUUUUCCUCAUCUCUCGGCUUGUCAUCUUAUGAGUACUUUAUGCCAAAACUUGGCAUAAACUUAUUUUUGUUGAGCAGGGAGUAAUGCAUAAAAGGGAAGUUACUUGAAGUGGACGAAGCAUUUUAAAAUAAGAAUAAAUAAAUGAGGCACAAGUUAUGAACCUUGCCCACUGCAAGAAAGUUCAAGCAAGUUCCUGUGCAGCGAUGCUGUCUGUAAUGUCUUGACAACAAUCCUAUGUAUUAAACAAGUACUACUUUGGGUGCUGCUCGGCACCAUUGGAAGGUCCUCAAAUAACCUUGAAUUUUUCUCUGUGGGACAUUUGUGAACCCUGUAACAAUAAUAAUUUACACACUGGCAGAAAAAUGAAAGAAACAAAGAAUAAGAAAAGUCACACCAGAUUUCUAUGUUGUUUCUUCACACUCCAAUAUGAACUGGAACAGAAGCUUUGCUGCACAGUAAUUUAUUACAUGAAAUUAUUAAUAGUUGAAUUGCAUGUGUAAGCGAGUUUUAUGGGUAUUCUCAGAGAAUCCCAUGAAAUGUAUGUUUUUUUUCAUCGAGAUACGUGACUGAAUAAGGUUUGCAGAAUUUCGAUAUUUUUCAAUUGAGCAGUCAUGAUCGCACGCUGUAGUCUUUCUCUCAGUCAAGCUCAUUACACUUGCUUAUACCUUUCUGAAUUAUCUGUGUUGACAACUAUUUGUAAGAAAGAAUCAAUUGCCAGCCUAGAUUAUGAAUUUUUCUUUAAUGCAUGAGGUCUCUCUUUGAAUUGAAGUUCUUUUUUGAGUAUGAUAUUGAGCCACUUUAGUGUAAGGUGCAUCCCGUUGUGUGGCAAAACCAACCACACUGUCUCCAUACUUUGCUGCAAUGACACGUAGUACAUUGCAGUCGCAGCUACUCAACUCAUGAAAGCUCGUGUUGGGGCAGCACUUUGAGUUGCAUAGGCAUAGCCGGUGAGCUUAUCUGUUAUCGACAAAGAAGCUUUUGUCUUCUCUGUCCUGCAGUUAGAUGAGGAAAGGACCCACGCGUGGGUAAGCGGUUCACGCAAGUGUGAGUAAGCUUUCAUUCAUGCACCAGUUUAUAAAUGAAGGUAUUUCUGGUAUUGACAUACCUAUUUGCCAAUUUUACUGAAAUGUACAUCUGCAAUAAUAGUAAUGAUAAUAAUAUGUGGGGUUUAACAUUCCAAAACAAGAAAAGAUGUACUGAAGACUUGUGAGAAAGCAGUAAAUGAGGAACUUGGACAUGUAUUUGGACAGGUAAUCCAGUACUGAAGAGUAACUUGGAGAUUUCAGAACAUUCCUUGAGCUGAGUUUCAGUGCUUUAUUUAUCCUGGUUUCUAGGUAGAAAUAAAACAGCCGUUUAGAGCUUGCAUGGUGUCCUACAGCGUCCACUACACUCCAAGAUAGAACAAACCUACAGAAUGAUCAGUUUGUAAUAAGUUACAAAUAUACCUCUAUUCUAUUUAGAAAAAAGGCAAGAAGGGGAAGCUUGCAAUGUAAAAUUGGAAAACAGGAUGUGGGUGCUCAUUUAAUAAGCGAGCUUAAUCUUUUUGAGGCACUAACUUCCUGUUUUCCCUCUUUGCCUUCCAUUUCCACGAAUGGAAGAUGACAAAAUAUGGUUUCCCCCAUAUUCAGAAACUCUGCUUGACUUGAACAUGACUUGCCACUGCCAUCAAUGCAGCACAAACACGUUUCGAAUGCGCUGCUUUAGGCAGUGCCAAGGCAGCAUAAAUGCACAAACUUGUUUCAAACUUGCUGCAUCAAAGCCCGUGCCAAGUCAAUUUCAAGUCGAGCAUUUCUGAAUAUCUCUACUUAGCACACAUAGCUUUAACUGGCGACAGCCAGUACGAGUACAUGGAACAUGCACCAUACAUGGAGGGGAACAUGCACCAUACAUUCGGUGCCACGACAUUUGACAUUUUAUUGCCGCUGCACCACAGUACAUAACGCACUUCAUCAUUCACUGUGGCACUAACAACUGCACAUACAACAAUGGCGACGUCACUGUAGAAGCCCAGAACGCUCUGGUAUACAAUUUUUUAGAACAGGCCAGACGCAAAACUCACCCAUACAACGAUCCUGCAUAGAAUCGCAAACACCGAUCACUGAUUGCAGAAUCAUGCACACCCCCAACUCAUGCAUGAGGACCACGUAAAAUUAACAAGUUUCUUCUAGACCUUGAACAAAGCCACAAAAUGCUUCAUAUCAUCCACCAGGACCCUGGCACUCUGCUUGCUCAAGACUGGCUACACACCAACUUUUCAGGUGCGAAGUAAUUUACAGAAAUAUCAAGUAGAAAAUCAAAAAUGAAUUUAAGCAGACUCGACGCAAAUAACACAAUGUCCCGAGAAACGAAACAACAUGCUUCAAGCACUAGCCACAACACAUCUCGCCAUAGCUAAUUAGACACAGGAGGUAUCUUCUCAAAUGUUGGUAAGAAUGACCAGGGGCAGCUAAUACAGGCGCCUUCCUUACAGAGACACCUAUAUCCUAUUUAGUCAGUUUAAAGAAGGGGACACUCUUUAGGUGCCUAUCAAAACUCGCAUACAGCUAACUAUUGUCGUCAUUCCGCUCUGGUCAUAUAGGCUCAAAGAAAGUCUCUGUUGACAUUGAUGGAAUGUAACACCUACAAGUUUUCUCCAUUACUCGAUGCUCCAAACUGUGUGCGUCAUUUUCGUAUGCAUAGAAACGGUGUGUUUUUUGCAACUUGAUUUCCCUAGAACAGUAGGUACUGUUGAAGUGCAUGUGAAAGGUGCUGCCUUGGUUGGGGCCGUGAUGCUGCUCCGAUAGCCGUGCGAGGCAUAUCCCUCCAAAGCCACUUUUGUUAUUUCAUGGCGGAACGGUAAGAACACGCUUUGUCUCGGGUUGAGCAUGUGUGUCCUCAAAGACUACGAGUGCUGGCUUUUCAUUUUGUGCACCGCAUCCAGGCAAGAGUGGUGUUGUUUCUGGUCAGAAUAUUCUUGCAGCUGUUUUGGGCACUGCUUGCCUAAUGUUGAGGAGUGGCCUUCUGGCAGAUGUUUUCAUUUUCGUUGUGGUGGGGAUGAGCGACGGGUGAUAAUGGUUUCUGGAACCAAAGCGCUGGAGCUGUUGAUGUGAUCAUGCUUGGGCAGGCUGGCAGCACGAUCAGCAUUUAUAGUUCCAGGGACUCUUGCGUAGCAUUCCUGGUGGUUGAGUGAGUAUUUGUCACGCUGAAGGGCCGCGGUGUCUUUUGACCACGUAUUACACAAGGGUAUAAAGUUGGGCCUGUUGGUAAUGCAUAACUAAUAACGUAGCGCAUGAAAACUCAGGCACAGGACAAGGGCAUCUUUGCCCCUUACCUUGUUCUGUGUCACAGUUUUUGCACGUUACGUUAUAGUUACACAUUACACAUUCUGGAAAACCUGAUGCAGUAAUGAAUGAACCUGUUGUGUAUUUUUUGGCGAACCAACUUUUAGUGUUUGAGGUUAGCGAGGAUCGACAGUUGCGAUUUUCUUCUUGGUUUUGGGAACGUGAAUGCAAGUGAGUGCCUAGCUUGAGUUGUGAAUGAUGGUGGCUCCUUUAUUUUGUGGCAUCUGUUCACUCUUGUUGCGAGUUGUCUGUAUAAAUAGCAAGAGAAAAAGUAUUUUACUGUAGAAUGUCUGGUCGCGAGAUGCCAUCUGAUGUGAAAAGUAACCAACAUAGGUGUGGUUGUGGGCAUUGUCUGAAAAAAAGCCUUCCAUCUGUGGAAGACUAAUGUAUCUCAUAGUUUAUUGUAGCGUUGUGCAUUUUUAUUCUGUGUUAAUGAUCAACUGUGCAUAUUGAUGUGCUGUUACUAGUCAAAAUGUACUUUUCAUUUUUAUUGAAGAACCUGUGUUUUAUUGAUGCAUUUUGUACCUGUAGCUUACUGCAUCAUCUACUGCUCAUUUUUAGUGAACCUCUUUUAAAUGCGAAUGCAUUUCUUAGU